CACUCAUUGAUGACAACACACGUGUGUCUUGGAUCUAUACUGGAGCUGGAGCAACAUUGAUAAUACAUCAACGUUCGCCUUUUCACGUAACAUAAUAAUAGGUAAAAAAUGGCGAAAAAACGUGCAAAAGAAGACUCGGAGGAGUCUAGCACACCAGCAAAGAAAACAAAAGUAAUGGAAGUUGAAUUUAAUGGGACAGUUUUCAAAUCCAUGUUAAAAGACCCAACGAAGACCAUGAAGGGUUUAGAAACGUUCAUAUCAAUAGCAAAGAAGUUGCCAUGCACAGACCUGUACGAUGUUGUCGAGGGAUACAUUAAGGUUUCCAUGGAGUGUGCCGAAAUAUUCAAGUUGUUGGAGGGGGAAAAACACACGGAGAACGAAGUGAUGCUGGUAUUCCAGAGCCUGGAGAUGAUCCUAUUGCGAACAGCCAGUGACCUCUCUCACUUUAGCAUGGUGGGGUCCACCAUCGUCAAGAAAACAGUUACCAGCUUCAUGAAACUCUUGCAGUCAUCCCUGCAUUCAGAAAAUCACAGGUUCGUCCGACAGUGCCUUUGCUUCCUCUCGGCGAUGGUGUCCCAGGGGCCGGACACUGCGAGGGAGGUCUUCAGUCAGUUCCAGUUCAGUAAGGGCCUGUCUGCGUUGGCCAGGAGGAGAGACAAGAUGGGCAGACCCGAUGUCCGUAUGGCUUACAUCCAGUUUGCGCUCAGUUUCCUGGUUUCCGGGGACCAUGUCACUAUAGGACAAGUUCUAGAAAUGAAAGAUUUCUUGCCUGACAUUUUGUCCAGCGGACUGAAGGAAGACAGGAUCUCCAUUGUGAAUCUUAUUCUGUCAACUCUGCAGACCAAAGUUGUGCAGAACAAGGCCAUCAGCAAGACUCAGAAAGUGAGAUUCUUCAGCCCCUCUCUCUUGGCUCAGAUCGCGUCUCUGUACAAGUGGAACGGGAUUGUGGAUGCGAGUAUUGACGAUGGCCAGGUGGCUGGGAAUCCGGAGGAAGCCGGUAAGGCGGUGGUUCGGGAACUCGUGCACAAUUUCCUCAUCGACCUGUGCUGCUCGCGGAAAUACGGGAUCAGCUUCUAUGAUCCCAGCUUCGGAACCGCCGGCCGGGCAGGGAACAUCGUGCUGCUGCAGUUCCUGGUGGGCCUAAAGCAGGCCACAGAGGACCAGCUGCAGGCUGAGAUGGUGGUGGCCGUCCUCCAGGGGAGCCCUGACCUCCUCUCCCGGUACUUCAAGGAGACGCAGUACUCCUUCACCCCACGUCUGAAGAGUGCGUGGCAGGACAACGUCAGCCUGCUCAGGAAGAUCUAUGAAGCCCAGCCGGAGGUGUCCAAGGCCUUCCAGUCAGCAGAGUUCAUCCCCCUCCCUCGCCUGCUCACCAUAGUAAUGGUGACAUCACUUCCUCCCGUCUGCAACAAGGCCUUCUUCACGCAGGGCCUCAACAUGGAUAACGCGGUGGUCCAGCACACGACCCUCUCCCUGGUGUCCUUCCUGCUGAGGAGGGCCCACAGGAACAUGGAGCACUGCCUGGACGGGGCCCUGUGGCGCAGCUCCGAGAUCUACACUCCCGCCAUGAUGGAGGACUUUGUGCAGCUGCACCGUGAGGCCCUCAGCAAGAUCCUGCCGGACAUGACCAGCAUCGUGUCAAAAUGGCAGUCACUGAUGAAGAAGGGGAAGCCAGAGGAUGGUGGGAAGAAGGGGAAAGAGGGAGGGAGCACCCAGGAAAGAACAUCUGAGCCUCCUGAGCCUGGACCUGAUGAUGCAGCCACCGUCCUGUUCAAGGCUCUGAUUCUUCAGGUGAUCUGUCUCUACCAGAAGGUCGUCCCCCAUCUUGUGAGCCAGUGCACGUUCGACUUCAGCAAGCUCUUAAAAGGGAUUGUGUCGGAGAAGGGCAUUAAGGAUGAAGUUCCCCCGGUUCUUCAGCACCAGAUGCUGCAGCUGGCUCUGGACCUGCCUGCCAGCAAGUUCUCCUGGUUCAGAGUUCAGGACAUCAUGGACACGGAAGCGGCCGGCAGAGAGAAGUCGGUCUUCUACCUCCUGCUCCAGAUGUUUGUGAGCAGCAGCGACGGCCGGCUAAAGACCUCCACACGCAGGCUGAUCCUCAAAGUGCUGAGGGACAGUGGCGUGUUCGAGUACACCUGGCAGGAGUUGGAACUUUGGCUCAGCCACCUGACCAGGCUACUUCCCGCUCAACAGGAAGCUGUCAUCCCCUUCCUGGAAAGAGUGUUGGUGCGGCUGGUGUCCAGCCCGUACACCUACAUGGACAAGGCGGCGGGCGUGGUGCAGGAUGCGGCCUACCUGCAGGCCACGCUGAGCGGGCAGGAGGCAGACGCUGCCAGUAUUCCCAUCUCGCACAUCGACGACGUGCUGGACAUGGUGGACGUGAUCAUGGAGGGGGGCGAGGAGGGAGUGGAGCAGCUGGGGCCGUCCCUUAGUGAUGACAUCAUCACUCAGACCUUCCCGUUCAGCGCGGUGGUGCCGGCGGUCCUGGAGGCGCGGAACAGCCUGCCGGCCGCCGUCAGAGAGGAGAGAGGUGUGGUGUACGAGUACCUGGCCGCAGUCCUUGUGGACGUGCUUCACUCCCAGAGAGACCCCCUCCCCCUCUGCCUCGCCCUGCAGCAGUACGACAGAGAGCUGGACUCCUCGGAAAGUGCCGGAACGCCUCAUCCUUCCGUGGUGGAGCUCCAUCGCUACUCCUCCCAGUGGCUGCCCCAGCAGUCCAGAGAACAGCUGUUUAAGUGCUCUGAGUCGCCCUGCACUGGGCCGGAGCCGGGGGUCUCCUUCACGGCGGUGCUCCAGGGGGCCUACAGCGACGGGGCGGCCCUCCUGCUGCAGCCCUCUUUCAGGGAGAGGCUGGAGGCAGGGCUGGCCUCCCUGGAGCUCUCCCAGUUCCCCACGGCUGCCAAACAGGUCCUGCUCUACGUCAAAACCACCGUGGACCACUUCAGCACGUUUUCCACAGAGAGCGGGGUGCAGGUGCUGCAGGCUCUGAUGGAUGCGCUUGGGGCGUUAGUGAAUCAGCUCCAGGGCCUGGAGGUCUCAGUCGAACCCGUGGCCACUGAGUCCCCGGAGGGGGAGGAGCUCUUCCUGGAAGCAGACCCAGAACCUGUGGGAGGUGUCGACAAGGACCAGGUGCUGCUGGCUGUGCUGGGCUCCAUCCUCUCCCACCCCACUCUCGAGCAGUGGUUCCUGGCCAUGGAGCUGGGCUCUCUCCCCCCUCACUCCCUGAACCCGGUGCGUCUGAAGCGCCUCUGCUCCCAGCUCAGCUCCCUCACGCUGGGGCUCCUCCUGCUCUGCGCUCCUCCCCUGCAGGGCCUGGGGCACCUCCCCCUCCUCUCCUCCUACCUGGGGGCCGUCGAACGGGCGGUGCUAAGGGAGCUGGAGGACAGGGCAGGGCACAGCGAGACCCUCCCUCUGAGGGCCCUCCUGUCUCUGCACCCGUACAUGGAGGAGCCCAGCGUUCAGGCGGUGGUCUCCGCCAUGCUCCUCCUCCCCCCGGAGAGGCUGACGUCAGGCGGGGAGCUGAGCGCGUACGGACAGGCCGCUCUGAGCAUGCUCACGGCCGACGGCGGGGAAGGGUCACAUGACCGCGCCCUCUUCCUGUCCCAGGCCCACCUGUGUGGCCUGGCCACCCUCCUCACCUCCUGCGCCAGCGAGGCUCUGGAGGACUUCCUGCAGGGGGCGCUGUCCUCGGAGCCCGCCGCCGCCCACCUGGUGCCCGCCCCGGCGCUGCUGCACUGCCUGGCCCCGCCCACGCCCCGCCCCUCCGCGCUGGCCGUCGCCACGGCGAUGGUGCGCGGCUGCCCCGCCCACCGGCUGCAGUUCGCACUCUGGUGUCUGGAGCCGGGGAACGUGGAGAAGCUCGGGGGCAACAUCGACGUGUUUCUGCCCCUACUGCAGGCCUACCUCACUGUGGCCAGCACAGAUGACCCCGCCAUACCCAAAGAAGUCCAGACGGCAGUUUUGAGGACCCUCAGCGAGGCUCUGCUGCCCUCCCUUUCCCACUCGGUCCUCUCUGAGGGGGCGGAGGACCCCCUCUCUCAGCGGGUGGAGGUCCUGUCCCGUCUCAUCAGCCUGGACGCCCAGCCAAAGGACGUCAGGGGGCUGGCGGACGCACUGCCCUCUCUCCUACGCACGGAGGAUGGCUUCCAGAGGUGGAAGCUGGUGGACCCCAUCUCUGACACAUUGGCCGGCUAUCCUGAGGAGCUGGGCUCUUGGAGGAAGGCUCUGCCCUCUGCUGCCCUCCAGUGGCUGAUCAGUGUGUACCGCAGCCACAAGGAGCAGGAGACGGCUCUGCAGGAGGAGAGCAUGCUGCAGAGAGUGAGAGAGCUGCUGGCUUGUCCAGAGGAUAUCUCUGCGCAGGACUGGAACAGUUUUGUGAAGACUGGGCUGAAGUAUCGCUAUGGAGACAGGGCCUUCCUGGACGCUCUCUGUAGCCUGUUGGAGGUGAUGUACUGUGGUGAAGACGCCCACAAAGACCUGCUGCCGUUGGCAACCAUUCACAUGAUGACAACCAGCCACUCCCUGUUCCUGCCCUCCAUGUUGGGCUCGGAGGACGAAGCUAAGGAUAGCCCUCAGUCUAAAGAAGUGCUCGUGUCCCUCCUGCUGGCUCUGGUGAGGAAGUGCCCUGCUGUCUGCGACAGCAGCCAUUUUGUGCUUCUCCUGGGAGCUUACGGAGCUACUCUGAGUUCUUCAGACCAGAAACUGCUGCUGAUUCUGCAUGAGUAUGAGAGAAACAACAUCAGCUUGGCAGAGUUUCAGUCGCUGCUCUGGGGCCCAGCGGCCGUAGAGCAUCAUAAGGCCUGUAAAAGCCUGGGGAAGUCCCUGUGGCAGCAGCCUAGCGCUGAAGACCUGCUGGCCCUGCUGGGCACAGAGCGAAUGCUCAACACCGUGAGGCAGUUCCCCCAGCAGCGCCGCAUCAUCCCCCAGGAGGCAAAAGAGCUCUUGUACAGAGAGGAAGGAGUCCAUGACCUGGGCAGUCUGUACGACCCCUGCUUCCUGCUUCCCCUCUUCAGCUCCCUGCUCAGGCCAGAGUCCGUGAUUGACUGCUACAAGUUUGUGUCGAGCCACGCCCUCGGGGUCACGGUGGCGGCCCUGAGCAGCUACGACCCCAAAGUCCGAGCAGCAGCCUAUCAGGUGCUGGGAUCCUUCCAUCAUCACCUGGAAGGGGCGCGCUUCAGGGAGAAGAGACAGCUACUGUACUUGCUGGACACUGUGAAGAACGGCAUUCGACAGCAAAAUCUACGUCUUCCAUUCCUGCUGGUGACGUACAUCGCAAAGGUGGCCCAGCAGAUGCUGAGACCUGAGGAGCACAUGUACAUGAUCGUCAACAAGUUCCUCCUGACACAUCAGUAUCUGGACCUGAAGAAAGUUCCAGAAUUCUUCCACCUCUUCUACAGCUUUGAUAUGGAGCACAAAGCGGAGCGUGAUUGGAUCGUGGACGUGCUGAAGGAGGGGCUAGCGGACCGGCACUGCUACGAGCUGUGUGACCGGCAGGGCAUAUUCCAGAUCCUGCUGACGUUCUACAGCAGCCCGCUGUGCGAUGAGUCCACUCAGACUCGCAUCAUGGAGGUUCUGCAGCAGGCUGGCCGUGUCACCAAAGCAGCCUAUGAGCUCAUCAAGGUCCACGGCCUCCUAACUUGGAUCUUACAGGUCACAGAGAGGAGGCACCUGGAGAACCGGGUUCUGUGUGCGGCCAUGGACCUGGUCCAUGUGCUCUGGUUCACUAAUCUGGGGCAGAAAGAGAGCAGGGGGGCGGGGAACUGCCCCUCGGACGGAGAUGCCCUGCAGGGUCCGGUGAAAUGCCUCCCUCUCCCUCUCAUCAACGAGUUCCUGUGUGUGCUGCUAGCCUUCAUCAGACACUUACACUCCGGUGUGAGGGCCCGACAACUGGCCCACUUCCUGCUGACCCUGAGCUCGGUGCUGAGGCAUCGUGGGUCGGCUCUGACAGUCCACAGAGAGCUUGGCCGAGUGACCGUCCCGGAGCGGGCCCUCUCCGGCCCCGAGGGCCUGGCUCUGCUGCAGCACUGGAGCCUGCUAUCCCACGAUGCCCGGCUACAGUCCGCCCUGCUGGGCCUGGCUGAGAGGCACAGGGUGAAGGAACUUCUUGGUCAUGUGAAGGAGAAGGGCCGUGGUAAAGGUGCCUCCUCGAGGAGUCGUGCUCGUGUGGAGGCGCAGCAGGAGGAGGUGCAGGGAGACGCAGAGCGGCAGGAGCAGGCCGCCCUGGAGGAGUGCGAACCUCUCCUACGGAGCGUCCUCACACACUGGCAGUGCCUCCCCCCACCCCCCAGCCCCGGCCCCAGCCCUGGCCCCAUCACCCCCGGCGACCUCUCCGGCCCCACUGCUCACCUGCUGGUGAAGUGGAUGCUGCGGUCCCUAGUGACGGCGUCCCAGGAUGCAGUGGGGCCGCUGUCCUUCCUGCGCUGGGUCCGGGCGAACGCUCUCCCGCUCAGGGGCGCGGUGGACGCGCUUCUUGCCGACGCUGGCGUGAUGCGCGACUUCCUGCGGCUGUACCACCGGGCCUGCCAGCCCAGCCCGCCGACGGACUCCCCGGCCGGGGGAGAGACCCAGGAGCUGUGCACCUCCGUCAUGCUGGCUCUGCUGGAGGCCCGAGGAGGCCUGUGUGAGGAGCUGCAUCGGGCCGUGCUCACAGCCUGUCUGUCCGAACCUCCAGAGGAUCCCUCCAGGAGAGGUGCGGGAAUGCUGCUCCUGUCGAUGUACAUCCAUGAGCUCUGGAGCGGAGCGAGGUCUCCUGACCUGUUCCUGACCCACGUCAGGCUGCUCGCAGGGGCCCAGGUCCAGGGCUCAAAGCAGGCCAGGGGCCCCUCAGGGGUCAGGAGCAUCUGCACAGACAUCUCUGCAGCUGUGGACUCCAUGUCAUUAGCUGCCAUGGGAAAAUGACCGUGGAAACCGAGUAUUUACAGCAGGGAUGGGCAACGCCAGUCCUGAAGAGCCAGUGUGUAUGCAGGAUUAUAGAAGGGAUGGGUAAUGCCAGUCCUGGAGAGCCAGUGUGUAUGCAGGAUUAUAGCAGGGAUGGGCAACUCCAGUCCUGGAGGGCCGGUGUCUAUGAGGGAUUUUGCUGCCACCAGUUACCCUGGCUCAAUCAGCUAAUUAGCCAUAUGCACCGAGACCAAUUCACUCCUGAAUUAGACCACAAUGAUAUGCUGCAAGACAAGAACACUUAUCAACUGCUGUUUAUAUUACAGAAUGUGGCUAUAUAACAGAUGGGGCUAAUUAAAUUAUUAAGAGCAGAAAUUCAGAAGCAGAUACGUCCUUCCUUGCCUAUCCCUGUCUUACGGAGGACAACGUCAAUUUUUAGUUUAGUUUUGAUCAUGUAAAGCAGGCAACUUAAACGUACUACUUUAUGUACAAAUUUUGAGUUCAUUUACAAAAAUGUAAAGUUCUGGAAUUGUUGCAAAUAUAGUAUUUUAAUAUGUGAAACAAA